AUGUCAUUUCGCACUGACUCCUGUUCAGACGAAGCACCGCCUUUCUUCUUAUCCAUCUUCACUACUGCUCUCUCCAUCCUAUUUGCCCUCGUUACUAUCCCUGGAAAUGCUCUCGUGUUGGUGGCACUGAUCCGCGAUCCCUACGGGAACCUACGAACACCGUUCAACUAUCUAGUCCUCAAUCUGGCUAUUGCCGAUCUGUCAGUUGGUCUCAUCGUGAAUCCGCUGUCCAUCAUAUAUCAUUUGGACGAAGGGAUAACGAGUAUAAACCUGCCAGGGUUUGGGAUUGAGAUUGAACAUGUCGCCUAUCUAAUAGCAUGUACUGCCUCAGUUUUGAGUAUGGGCAGUAUGACUGCAGAUAGAUAUAUGGCCGUUGUUCAUGCUACUCGAUAUAGAACAUUUCAAACCAGAAGACGUGUGGUUAUCACAUGUAUCAUUAUUUGGUUACUAUCAAGCUCAGUCACAUACUUGUAUUUUGUGAUCGGAGACUUUCUGUAUCGUUUUGUCUUUGCAAACGUCGUGGUGAUUUUCACAUUUUGCAUUCUUGUGUUUUCUUUCUUUCGAAUCAAUCUAACAUUAAGACGACAGCGAGCGAGAUUAAAUGUACAAGUUGUCGCAUCCGUUGUUACUCCUGCUGCAAGAGCUCAUCAAUACGCGCCUAACAUGAAGUAUGAAGUUCGUGUUACAAAGAUGUUCAGCAUUAUUCUCCUGUGGUAUGUGAUCUGUUACUUUCCUGCGUGUAUCGCUAUUUAUCUUGUGAAUUUCUGCCAUAUUUGUAGCUGUGAAGUCAUACAUUGGUUGCGUGAUCUGCAACUGUGUUUCCUGUUGCUUUCGUCAGCGGUUAAUCCCUACGUGUAUGCGUGGACAUCGCCUCGAUUCCGUUCAGCGUUUCUCAAGUUUCUUUGCUUGAGUAAAUAUGAUAGGAGACGUCAGCGUGAUACAACGUCAUCACCUACAAACCACCCGAUGACGUCCAUGCGAUAA